AUGAGUUAUGUUAAUUGUGUUUUUUCUGUUGGUAAAUAUACUUAAUAUGCUUAGCCAGAAUAAUUUUAGAAUAAAAAAAAUUAUUGUUUUAGAUGAGGCAUCUGCAAAUGUUGCUUUAAGAAACAUUAAAAUAGAUAUUCCUCAAUAUUAAAUCAAUUACUAUAGCACAUAGAUUAAAUACUAUAGCAGAUUAUGAUAAAGUUAUAGGGGGAUAUCAAGGAUAGGCAGUUGAAUUUGAUACUACUUUUAAUAUACUAUUUAAUUCAUUAAACUCUAGUUAUGUAGAUAAAUACAAUUUCAACAUAUUUUGA